GUACUGAAGGAAAGAUAUGUAUCAAAAGAUAUGAGAGACAACAAAAAAGCACAAUAUACCCCAAAUAUGAACCAUUCAUCUAUGAAAAGCCUGCUGCUCCUCAUGUCUACCUUGUGCCUUUGCUCCAGCCAUCCUGCAAUUUCCCAACUGCGUUUCUCUGUGUUCUUGGAUCCCAAACACCAGAUUUACCUCCGAUGGGACUAUGAUGAUGAACUUGCCUUUAUGAGUUUUGAAUUUCAAGCCCAGUCAACUGGAUGGGUGGCUUUUGGCUUCACCAAUAAUAAGGACAUUCCUGGAGCAGACUUCGUGAUUGGUGGUGUUCUUCCUGAUGGCAACAUCUAUUUCUCGGAUUGGCAUGGUGUGAAUGAGGAUACCAUCUUGGAGGAUGAAAGGCAAGAUUAUGAGCUGCUAUCAUUGACCCAGGAUGCAACGUCUACCACCAUGGCAUUCAGGCGACAGUUCCGGACAUGCGAUGAACAUGACCUGGACAUCACAGGUGACACACAACGCCUCAUGGCUGCAUUUGGAACAAAUGACACAAUUGACUUCUUCAAAGGAAAAAUAAUCCACAAAUCUCUCUUCUUGAUGCUGGUGGUAACUGAAGAGAAACUAAAACGUCCCAGUGUCUAUCAUAUAUACGAUUUGAAAGUAAAUGAUUUUCCUAUCCCAGAGGAUGAUACCACCUAUGCCUGUACCUUUCUCCCUUUACCCAUUGUCAAGACAAAACAUCAUAUUUAUAAGUUUAGCCCCAUGAUAACACCUCGGAAUAUAACACUGGUGCACCACAUCAUAGCAUAUGCUUGUGGCAAUGGAAGCGUGCUUCCCAGUGGAGUCAGUGACUGCUAUGGAGGUGAUCCUGAUUUUUCUCUGUGCUCUCAGAUAAUUGCUGGCUGGGCUGUAGGAGGAGGGUCCUACAUGUUCCCAGAUGAAACUGGAAUCUCCAUAGGGACUCCAAUUGAUCCCCAAUGGAUCCGACUAGAAAUUCAUUACAGCAAUUUUGAUUUCCUUCCAGGCUUAAUUGAUAACUCAGGUCUGAGAAUGUUCUAUACUUCGGAGCUUCGUCCAUAUGACAUGGGGGUGCUACAUACAGGAGUGUUAACUUUUCCUAUCCAUUUCAUCCCACCUCAAGCAGAUUCUUUUAAAUCUUACGGUUUCUGCAAUACUAGUCAUUUUCAUGAGAUCAAUGGGAGUCCAGUGCCAGAUAUGCAUGUCUUUGGUUAUUUACUCCAUACCCACCUAGCUGGAAGGGGAGUGAGAGGUAUCCAAUACCGGAAUGGAAAACAGUUGAGGAUCCUCUGUGAAGACAAUAAAUAUGAUUUCAAUCUUCAGGAAACAAGAGACUUGAUGAAGCCUGUUGUUCUCAAACCAGGAGAUGAAUUCCUGGUGGAGUGCCGCUAUCAAACUACAGAUCGGAAAGAGAUAAUAUUUGGAGGCCCAAGUACCCUGAAUGAAAUGUGCCUGAUAUUCCUCUUCUACUAUCCUCGCAAUAACAUCUCCAACUGCCUAGGACUCCCAGACAUUCAAUAUGUUGCCAAUCAACUUGGCCAGGAGGCAAAUGACCAAGCAGAAGGAAUGAUGGCCAUCAACGCUGUACAAUGGAACAAUGAAACUAUCAAGAAAGCAGAGAACGCAUGCAAGGAAGGACCUCAGAUUGUUACCAUAAAAACCAUUGAUGAGGUGGUGGUAAACGAAACUGGUUUCAUUCGUGAUAUUGACAUUCCUGAACCAGCACCCUGCAAGUUGAGUCCAAGAGAUGCAACUACGACACGUCAACCAGAAGGGCACACCAAGUACAAAGCAAUUCCAGAUGUGGUUUCCAAAGCUGUUGGGACCUCUUAGCCUGCUGUUCAUAGCUUUGGGGUUUGUUAGGCUUCUCAUCUUCUCCCCCACCCCUCCCCCUGGUAUGAGUUAAAAGCCUUGCCAGUUUGUAGCUCCAAGCCCAGUUGUGGAGCUGCUGUUGUCCUUUUCUUUUCUCUGUGGCUGGAUGGCUGGGGGUCUACACCCAACCACUUUUUUUUAUUGUUGUGUAUAUGAAGUUCAAAGCUAAAACAAGCCAGCCAGCACUGAGGAAAGGUCCAAAUCCCGCAUAUCACCUGGAAUUUAGAGAGGACCUAUCCUUCUUUUCAAUUUCAAGCCAAUCCUGCCAUACAGUUCCACUCUGGGAAGAAAUAGGGCAUCCAUCAUGGGGUAAGCAGAGAAUAAGAGCCCAGGGCAAAUGUGGGCAACCAGUGAAUUUUAUAGCAGACUUCCUCAACCUGAUAUCUUCCAAAUAUAUCAUCUGGAUUGAAAUUCCCAGAUUUUCCAGUAAACAUAGCCAAAUUCCUUGUUACCUGGUAGCUUUGAAUAUAUGGAAGAUACCUAGAUAAAAAAGGGAACUCUUAAGUAUUCUCUUGUGUUCAACCAUGUGCCUUGCAUUGAUUGUCUGGGAAGGCAAGCAAAAUGCCCUUAUUGGAAGACGAUUAGAAAGUAGUCUGAGGUAACCCACAGUAAUAACAUCCACAGCUGUAACAAGAAACAAUAUGCACAAGGAAGUGAAGCAGUCAAGUUGGCCCUUGACUUGAGUAAAAAUGAAUUCAUACAUGAACCCAACACAUAGUAUAUUUAAGUAUAUUAAAAUGGAGAAAUGAUUGAUAGAAAUGCAAUAGAAUGUUGAAUCUUAUAAAAUUAGAACACAGUUUUGGGAAUUUUGAUAUGUGAAACAAAGGACUGGAUUUGCCAUUUACUCUAUCAUUAGCAAUUCAAUUCUAUUUUGAAGGUUCCACUAGAAUAAAAGGGUGGAACAAACAUCUAAUAUAAAUAAUAUCUACCCUUAGUGUAUUAAAAACAAAAACAUUUUUUUCCAAAUUCUUUGCAAUAAGAAUGAAAUGACACAAGAGCAUUUCUACUUUUUCAUAGAAUAGCCAACAUCCGAUAUAUUAACAGUUGUAAUGUUAAGAUCUUUAAUGAUAAUUUCUCUGUAAAUGUGAUUAAAAUAAGAUUUACUUUCAUAUUUUAUAUAAUUUUUAUCAUUCAAAAAUUAUAAUAUAAUAUAUUGGGAAUUUUUUAAAUAGAUAGAGGUAUAUUUGGUAUGAAAAUGCUCAUCUGAUUAAAAAUACAGGUGCCUGAUUAUGACAAUCAAACAUAAAUUUUUAUCUGAUUUGUGCA